AUGGGCUCUCAUGGAAUACACCCAUGGCUGCUGAGUGAGCUGGCAGUUGUUGCUGUUCUGCUGCUCUCCACAAUCUUUGAAAAAUCAUGGAGAAUGGGAGAGCUGCCUGAUGACUGGAGGAAUGCCAAUGUUAUUUCUAUCUUCAAAAAGGGGAAGAAGGAGAGCCCAGGAAACAAUCAGCCAGAGAGCCUCAUCUCCAUCCCUGCAAUGAUUAUGGAAAAGGUCAUUCUGGAGGUCAUCACCAAGAAUAUAAAAGAAAAGAAGGUCAUCAGGAGUAGUCAGCGUAGACUCUUCAAGGGGGAAUCAAGCUUAACCAAUCUGACCUUCUGUGAUCGCCUGGCAGGAUGGAUCAAUGAGGAGAGAGCAGUGGAUUUGUCCAUCUUGACUUCACAAGGGUUUUGCGCUGUCUCCCAUGGUAUCCGUGCAGCUUUUAUGUCUAGGAUUUCUUCUGCCAUGAGAAUUGGAAGAAUGACUUUUUUUUCCCUGAGAAAAACCUUUCUGAUGCAGCAAAACCAAAAUGUUCACAUGCCAAUGUGUGUGUUCCUCCACACUGUCCAGAAGGUACUAAAGGGAGAAAGCAGGAAAGCCACAGAGCUAAUAGCAGCCCCAGAUGUUGUGCAAGAAGCUGUGUGUGAGCUGCAGGAAGAGAUCCAGCCUGGUACCCAGGAAAAGGCAAGUUGGAGGCGGUGA